CGCAGCUGUGUAAGAUCGACUCGUAAUGCCUGCUUGCGUAAGUCUUCGCAGCGCGCGAAAAAGACGUGCAGCUCAUCCUGUCUCGCGCCCGCCUGACUAGUGUGGACUAUCGUUUUUUGUUGGCAGUCCUCCACUCGAUCGACAUGGGAAUUCACGGCCUCGCCAAGUUAAUAGCUGAUCAGGCGCCGACAGCCAUCAGGGAGCAGGAUAUUAAAAAUUACUUCGGGCGCAAGAUUGCCAUAGAUGCCUCCAUGUGCAUUUACCAGUUUCUGAUCGCCGUCAGGCAGGACGGCAACGUUUUACAGAACGACGAUGGCGAGACGACAAGCCACCUGAUGGGCAUGUUCUACAGGACCAUACGAAUGCUGGACAGUGGCAUCAAGCCUGUGUACGUGUUUGACGGGAAGCCCCCUCAGCUCAAGUCCGGAGAGUUGGAGAAGAGAGGGGAGAGGAGAGCAGAAGCUGAAAAGCUGCUAGCACAAGCACAGGAAACGGGUGAACAGGAGAACAUCGACAAGUUCAGCAAACGUCUCGUAAAAGUCACCAAGCAGCAUAACGACGAGUGUAAAAAACUCCUCACGUUAAUGGGAGUGCCUUAUAUAGAGGCUCCGUGUGAGGCCGAGGCCAGCUGUGCGGCUCUGGUAAAGGCAGGAAAAGUGUACGCCACGGCGACCGAAGAUAUGGACGGAUUAACUUUUGGAACAAGCGUCCUGCUGAGACACUUAACCGCCAGUGAAGCCAAGAAACUCCCAAUCCAGGAGUUUCACUUCAGCCGUGUUCUGCAGGAGAUGAGCUUGUCACAUCAACAGUUCAUCGAUUUAUGCAUCCUACUGGGCUGUGACUACUGCGGCACAAUCAAAGGAAUCGGCCCCAAGAGAGCAAUCGACCUCAUCAAACAACACGGUUCAAUCGAAGAAAUCCUCGACAACAUCGACCAAUCGAAACACCCUGCCCCAGAGGACUGGCUUUACAAGGAGGCUCGAGCCCUGUUUCUGGAGCCCGAGGUGGUGGACUGUACCGCGAUGGAGCUCAAGUGGAACGAGCCUGACGAGGAGGGACUGGUCCAGUUUAUGUGCAGCGAGAAGCAGUUCAGUGAGGAUCGUAUCCGUAACGGCUGCAAGAAAAUAAUGAAAAGCAGACAGGGGAGCACUCAAGGGAGACUGGACACGUUCUUUACCGUCACAGGAUCCAUCUCUUCUAAACGCAAGGAGCCUGAAGUAAAAGGCUCAGCCAAGAAGAAACAGAAGACAAGUGCAACACCAGGCAAGUUCAAGAAGGGAAAAUGAAGGAAAAAAAAAAAGUCUGAAGUGAACAUCUGUGGAACUACAAUGGGCUGGAACAGUGGAAUGUGCUACGACAGUCCUCGCGGUGCUUGAUGUGCUUGAUGUGCGUGAUGUGUGACACAAUGCUGCAAAACUUCCUGUUUGAAUUAAAUAAAGAAACUUUUCUGAACAAUG